AAAGAGACUGAUAGGUUUCAAAUAAAGAUAAAAAAGUCUGGUAGAGAGGUCGUAGUGUUGGCUUUUUGAUGCUCUUUUUGAAUUUUGAAAGAAGUGUACUUGAGGGUUUUAAUUAGAGAGUUUUGGUGUAAUAAUGAGGGGGCCCAGGUUUAGUUAAAAUAUGAGGAAGUCAGGAUUGGACCAGAGGCAUUAACAGUUCCUGGAUUUGGAAAGGCCAGAGAGACAGCUACAGAAACUACCAUGUCAUGGGAAAUCCCUGUCAAGUGUAUUUGAGGAACCAGAGAAAAAGAGAUCAGAGAUUGUUCCUUGGACCAAAGUAAGCUAACGAGCAAAGGGACUAACUACCCGACCAGUGAGCAUCCUCUGUUCACCAUGAGUGAGCUGUGCUCCGAGAGUUCUGAGGAAGAGCAGGCUGAAGUUGAGCAGACGCCACAGGACCGAAGGGUGACCCGGCUGCCCAUCAUUCAUCUCAUGUCUCGAUCUAAAGUGGGCUCCCCGGGAGGAUCCCCGAAAAUCUCACCCAAAGAUUCCCCACGUGGGUCCCCUCGAAACUCCCCGCUGCUGUUCAGGAGGCUGCUGAUGAACCGCAGCAUCAACCUCCAGAGGCGCCGCUUCACUCUGGCCCACACGCCCAGUUUUGAUGUGGAGAAUGGAUUGGCAGUGGGGCGCAGCCCCCUGGACUCCCAGACCAGCCCUGGCUCUGGCUCUGGUCUGGUCCUACAGGCCAACUUUCCUCACAGCCAGCGGCGGGAAUCCUUCCUCUACCGUUCCGACUCCGACUUUGACCUUUCACCCAAAGGUCCUUCCAGAAACUCCUCCACCGCCAGUGACCUGGAAGAAAGCUUGAAGCACUGGGAAGUCAACUGGUUGUCAACUCGACAUACAGAAGACAUGAUUGUCACACCGUUUGCACAGGUCCUCGCCAGCCUGAGGACAGUCCGAAGUAACUUUGCCGUCAUAACCGGCCAGCAAGAUCGCACAGCCAGCAAGACGCGAUCCUCAGGCAGCAACCCUCCAUCCAUGUGCAAGACCAGCCUCGCAGAGGAGCCUCACCAGCAGCUGGCCAUAGAGACUCUAGAUGAGCUGGAUUGGUGUCUGGAACAACUAGAGACACUGAAAACUCGACACUCUGUCAGCGAGAUGGCUUCCAACAAGUUCAAGAGGAUGCUGAACCGAGAGCUCACCCAGCUGUCAGAAACCAGCCGUUCAGGGAACCAGGUGUCUGAGUUCAUCUCCAGCACCUUCCUUGAGAAGCAACAUGACAUGGAUAUCAUGUCCCCCCCCACCAAGGAGAAGGACAAGAAGAAGCGGCCCAUGUCCCAGAUUAGCGGUGUGAAGAAGGCCACCCACAGCCCCAGCCUCGCCCCCUCCACCAUCCCUCGCUUUGGGGUCAACGCCAGCCAGGAAGGACUCCUAGCCAAGGAGUUGGAGGACAUAAACAGAUGGGGUAUUGACAUCUUCAAGGUCUCUGAGUAUUCUGGGAAACGCCCACUGACGGUCACCAUGUACUCCGUCUUCCAGGAACGCGACCUGCUCAAGUCCUUUAAGAUUCCUGCAGACACUUUCAUUACCUUCAUGAUGACUUUGGAGGAUCACUACCAUGCCGACGUGGCCUACCACAACAACAUCCAUGCUGCAGACGUGGUCCAGUCCACCCAUGUCUUACUGUCCACACCAGCUCUGGAGGCUGUGUUUACUGAUCUGGAGAUCCUCGCCGCUCUGUUUGCAAGCGCCAUCCAUGAUGUGGAUCACCCUGGAGUUUCCAAUCAGUUUCUCAUCAACACCAACUCAGAGCUGGCCCUGAUGUACAAUGAUUCGUCGGUGCUGGAGAAUCACCACCUAGCUGUUGGCUUUAAGCUUCUGCAGGAAGAUAACUGUGACAUGUUUCAGAACCUCAGCAAAAAGCAGAGACAGUCGCUGCGCAAGAUGGUCAUUGAUAUGGUGCUGGCCACAGAUAUGUAUAAACACAUGAACCUACUGGCAGACCUAAAAACCAUGGUGGAGACCAAGAAAGUCACCAGUCUAGGAGUCCUACUGCUGGACAACUACUCAGAUCGCAUACAGGUCCUUCAAAACAUGGUGCACUGUGCGGACCUGAGCAACCCCACCAAGCCUCUGGAGCUGUACCGGCAGUGGACAGACCGCAUUAUGGUGGAGUUUUUCACCCAGGGGGACAGGGAGAGAGACAAAGGAAUGGAGGUCAGCCCCAUGUGUGACAAACACAAUGCCUCAAUAGAGAAGAACCAGGUGGGUUUCAUUGACUACAUCGUUCAUCCUCUGUGGGAGACGUGGGCCGACCUUGUCCACCCAGAUGCUCAGGAGAUCCUGGACACACUGGAGGAUAACAGAGAGUGGUACCAGAGCAUGAUCCCCCACAGCCCCUCACCCCACCCAGAGGGCCCGGGGGAGGGAGCCCCUGCCGGGGAAGCCUCAGCGCUCGGUGUGGCCGGCGGCUCCAUUCCGACCGACAAGUUCCAGUUUGAGCUGACCUUGGAAGAAGAGGGAGAGUCCGAUACAGAGAGUUAAAAGUUGUAUUUCUUUUGGCCUUUUUUUGUUUAUUCUUCUUGAUUUUGGUGCCUCCUCUGUCACUCUUCUUCUCUCACCAACCAAAACACCACCAACUCUGGUUUCUGCAGACAUGGUGACAGCAAGCCUCGGGGUAGGGAGUACGGGAAAGCGGUGUGGGGGUGUGGGUGGUGUUAUGAAAGUCUGCAGUUUUACACAGCAGUUACUUGCACUGGAGAGAGACAGAUAGAGUCGCUGUUCUAAUAGAGGACAGGAAACCAAGUUUCUGACCGGUCCUUUGAGUUCUGUGACUUUCAGUCAGUCAUACUGUGGAUGACGUUCAACAGAGACAAUAAGAAGUUCAAAAGAAACUUCCCUUCUACCAGCCUACCCAAGGUCUACUACAACAAAUGACUGUCUUCCUCUUUUAUAAAGAAAGUGAGGAAGUGAUGAAUGAGCGUGAAAACACAACGUCUUGAAAGACAUCUUGCCAAACUUGCAAUUUACAGGGACAACGCUGUUUUGGCUGCCUUUUCAUUUUUUAGUUUGUUCAUUCUGUUGUCUUUUAUUUAGGUCCAUAUGCGGUGAAAUACGGUAAAUGAAGGUACAGUAAACAGCAAACUUCAAAGCAGUGUAAGCUAAGCUAUGGCAGAAAGAAGCUAUGCAUGAUUUUGUGCAGGAAACUUUAAAUGCAGCAGACAUUUAAAGUUAAAUAAACAUUUUGUAUCAGUAGUGCUCCUUUCAGCCCAUUUAAUUGUGUUCAGCAAGCAGUAGUUUUGGAAGAAUAUGAUUAUACUGAAGUGGCUGGCAGAACAUAGAAUUUUUUAGGCUUACUAUUUCCAUUUUUAUAAUCCUAAACUAUCUGAUAUUGUAAAACUGAGCCAGAUUCAGUGUAGUGUUAUACAGUCAAGGAAUUACAUGCAAAGCAAUGUGGGCUGUGCACAUGGUGCCUCCCAGUGUUGACAAGUGGAACUGAAGGUCUGGCACUGGAGGCAAAUGAUUUGCAAGGUUUUGCAUAGGCGUAUAUGGAAAAUACAUUCAAAACAUAUUUAACUGUAGGACUUCCCAGUUAUGUUUCUAUUUGCUAUUUUGAUUCAUUUUUGUUCGAUUUUAUUUUUAAAUAUGUGUCACUAUUUUUUUUGCAUUCGUAAUAUUUGGCACCCAUUUUAUCAGUCUGCCUUCAAGUUUAGCACUUUAUGAAAAUCUUAUGUACGCAUUGGAGGCUGAUGACUGUUUGUCAAUGACUGUCUAGCAACCAGCAUCGACACGAUGCAAACUCUAAACUCUACAGUACAGCUACGAAUGCGUUUAGCCGUCCAUUUAAAUCCAUUACCACAUCAUGUGUCCCACACAGCAUUCACCUACUGAAAUACUGUUUUUGGUAACAUCCACUUGCAUAAAUUACUAGACUGAUGAGGGCAGUGUGUUAGAAGCACAAAGGUUGCAAAGAAGGAUGUUAGCAUCACUUUAACUGUAAAAUUCAGGAGACAGUUUCCUAUGCCAGAAUUUGUUUUCUCUCUCAUUGAUCAAUGUUUUGCUCUUCACAGGGACAAAGUCAAUGACAAAACAAGUGCCAAGCAAGCAUGACACAACCCGUACUGUAAUUUCCAUUUUGCCACUGGCUACUUUCCAUCAGUGACUGAUAAAGUUGGUUGAUUGUAGCACCCUGCGUGCCAAUCUGACCCUAGUGUCUCUGUUGCUUUUUUUUGUAUUCCUGUUCUAACAGUAACUGAAGCUGAUACUGUCUUAGAACAGUGAUGUGUUAUUUUGUGUGUGAGUGAAUGACUUGGUUGACAUUUUUGAUGUAUUUUGCUGAGAAAAAAACCAAAGCACUUUGUAUGGUACUUUUACAGUUCUGCACUUCCAUUAUACAGUUGAACAUGUAUAACAUGACUUCUUAACUGUUUUUCUGUCGGCAAAUGGUGUGGUGGUUGAGUUGAACUGCAUGGGCUGUGCCAUGUUGGAGAGACUGACAUUGUUUUAUUUGUUCUUUUUUUAUAAUUGACUGUACAAACAAAAAAGUGUUUUGUUGAAAUUCAUGACAUUGGCUGCAGGAUGUGAAGAAGAGCAUAGAUAACUUAGCCUGUGGAGCUAUUAACCUGUUUUUAUUUGAUCACCAUGAAACAUCAUGUUCCACUGGGUUAACGAGCUGAAAGGUUUCUCUUUGACGCCUUAUUUUCACACUUGGGAUUUUGUUUCUGGUCUUAGAUGUGUUCACUGACAUGCUGGAGUAAAACAUGUGCAAUCCUUUCAGUAGCUAUAAACAGCACCAUACAGACUAACACUCAAGGAGGCCUUCAACACUAAGGACUAUUUAACAACGGCUUAAGCAGCACAACAUGCAAAGAUUCAGUCUGUCUCUGCGUGUCACUAAUUGUUUGAUUUUGUACAUUUUCCUCACAGUGCUUCAUGUACAGUUUUAUUUAUUACUUCUUUACUGCUGUCAGAAACAAUGGGACAGUAGGCUUUUUCUAGUCUGGGGUGUAGUACUUAUGUGUAGCUUGAUGUGUGAGAAAGUCACACAGCACAGAUUUCCACUAUUACUCAGCUUUUUCCCUUCUCGUUUCAUUUCUUUAUGUCUGAAAAUAACAUUAUACAUAAGCAAAAAUACUGACUUUCAUGUUUUUCUUGGUAUGAAAAUAGUUUAGUGACACAUUUCCCUCUGAGUUUUCUGAAACAGCUCUCAUCUCCUGUCUUCCUCUGUUUCCACUGAUCGGGUCAGAUCAUGUAUUCAUGAAGGAUCUUACAGUAAGAGUGUUGAUCUGAGACUUUUUGAAUUUAUAGUGAAGAUAAUAUAGUCACACGGCCUCAAGUCAUCCUAGAUCAGUAUUUCUGUUUUUAGAGGCUUUGUGGGUCGUGAACUAAGACUGCAGCUUUGACAAUCUGAACUCUGCUGUUUAACUGCGGGUGUGUUAGCCCUCACUCCAACUUGAACUGUAUGCCUUGCCAAUAAAGGAAAAGCUCUUCACUCU